CGCGGACCUAAACACAAUGUCGACCGUCUGCCUGGGCAAGUAGAUCAGCUUAUCGUACAGAAAAUGCUUAUGUUGCAGGAUCUUGUGUCCACUUGUGGCGGCGAACAUGCCACUGACGUUUAAUGUGACAUAUGCAGCAGUCGUCCUUGGUCAUCAGGUUCUGGCCUUCUGCGUCGAUGAACACCGAUAAACAACGGAGGGAUCAUCCGAUAGGCGUAAUAGCAUCGAGGCACCCGAUGCUACCGGCGGAGCACACCGUCAGCGCGUGGCCGAUGUGUACUGGUGGUCAUGUAGUUGCCAACGUUUGUGUACUUGAUCUGCUCCCCUGAAUCCAGCAAGCAGAAGUUCCAUUCCUCGAGCAACACGGUGCAGCUAUCUCGUCGCUGAAUACAAAGUCCCCAGAGGGCACGUACUUGGCUUUUCGUCUUUCACGGCUGUGCAGCAGCGUCUUCUCCAUGUCCGACAUGCGCCCACCAUCAAACUAAGGCGCCGGCGGGGUCGGUGCGAUGAUACCAGCGGCAGGUCGGGGCUGCACGCUUCCCCGGCGUGCUCAUCUCCCGUGCAUCAACGUUGAGCUAAGCGCGGGCAUUGAUAGCCUUCGUGGUAAGGCACGAUCAAAUAUGUCUCGAGCUCCCGCAUUUAAAAAAGCGAUUUUGUCUUGGAGAGUAUCGACAUCUUUUUCUCCUCACAUCCUCGACUUCUCGGUCUUUCGUCGCUUCAACGAAGCUUCCC